AUGGCACCGCUACGAACUAUCAAAGGUCCAGCCAUCUUUGUCGCUCAGUACCUCUCCGAUGAAGCCCCGUUCAACUCACUAGACGGGAUCUGCAGCUGGGCCGCAAACCUAGGAUACAAAGGGAUUCAAAUCCCACUCGACCCUCGACUAAUUGACGUUUCGCGAGCCGCGACAGACACAGAAUACUGUACUUCACUGCUCGCUGUGUUCCGUCGUCAUGGGAUCCAGUUAACCGAGUUGUCAUCUCACCUCCAGGGCCAGCUGAUCGCCGUGCAUCCAGCCUACGACAGUCUCUUCGACGCGUUCGCGCCCCCCGAGAAACGUGGUAACCCCAAGGCCCGACAGCAGUGGGCCACGCAGGUUCUUUACGACGCUGCGAAGGCGUCCAGAAACCUCGGUCUGUCAGCACACGCCACGUUCUCCGGGGCCUUGGCUUGGCCGUAUAUCUACCCGUGGCCGCAGCGUCCGGGGGGGCUAGUAGAGACGGCGUUUCAGGAACUAGCAAACAGAUGGCGGCCGAUCCUAGAUGCGUUCGACGAAUGUGGUAUCGACGUGGCGUAUGAGAUUCAUCCCGGGGAAGACUUGCAUGACGGGGUGAGUUUCGAACGGUUUCUAGACGCAGUCGAUCAUCAUCCUAGAGCUUGCAUUCUCUACGACCCCAGCCAUUUUGUACUUCAGGGCUUGGACUAUCGCGCGUUUGUGGAUAUUUAUCAUGCCCGGAUUAAGGUGUUCCAUGUUAAGGAUGCCGAGUUUGUGCCAGAUGGGCGUCAAGGCGUGUAUGGCGGGUUUGGAGAUUGGACACAACGAGCGGGCAGGUUCAGGGCGCUAGGUGAUGGGCAGGUAGAUUUCAAAGGAAUAUUUACAAGGUUGACGCAGCAUGGGUAUGACGGGUGGGCGGUUUUGGAGUCUGAGUGCGUGUUCAAGGAUAAGAUGGUUUGUGCACAGGAGGGGGUUGGGUUCAUUGAGUCGCAUAUCAUUCCGGUUACGACGUCGUCGUUUGAUGACUUUGCUGCGGCGGAGGUGAAUAAAAAGGAGAUCGGUGCGCUUCUGGGGUUGGAUUAG